UCACGAGCAAAUUUUACGGAGCGAACCUGAAGUCGCUUGAUGAUGGAAAAUGCCGACUGAAAUCCCUUUUGUCUGGCGUAUUUUUACGCUGCCAGGCCAAGGAGGCAAUCGGUAGAUGCGGUCGCUAAAGUUGUGGUUUUUGGUUUCGUGACCAUGGCAAAAGAAACCCCAGGACUCUACUAAACUCAAAAUGCCUGUGGAGGAGAAGAGAGACAAGGCACAGACAUCUACAGUGAAUAGGGAGAAUGAAGAAAAAGAUUUAUCCAGAUUGUUAGACCUGCUAAACACCCCAGCCAGCAAACAACAGCUUCCUUCCAUCUCUUGGAUCCCAGAUGAAAAUCAGAACACCACAGGUAAUCCAUGGGCUGGGCAGGCAAAUGGAGUGUUACCCCAUCAACACCAGUCAACUGAAGCUCUUGCUUUGGAGAAAUUCAGCUCCAGGUACCAGGGAGUCAGGAAUUUCAGUUCACAUGCCCUCAGCAGUUACUUCAGCCAGAUUUUCACAGCCCUUGUAAAGCAGCGAGUUUGCUACCUGGAGUGGAUUGAACGAGUUCCUCCAGAAAAUAUUCUGAGAGUGCUAAUAUGCCUCAGAAUGCUUAUGAGGGACCACACAUUUCAGGUUGAAUUUUUCAAUCUAGGUGGUGUGAAAGUCCUUGCAGAGAGGCUACAACUAUUGACUGAAAGUUAUCUUGAGAAUGGAGAAGAGCCAUUUACUGUUGACAUUCUGAAAGAAAUGACAAACAUUUGUCAGAAACUUGCUGCAGAUGUUAAGCAGAGGGAGUGGCUUGUGGCAUGUUGUACUCAUAAGGCUCUUGUUCUUCUGUUAUCUGCUAGUGAUGUGAUGGUUCUUCAUUGUUCCUUGUAUGCCCUGAUUGGCUUGGCUCAAAGUGAGAGACCACGAGCUCUGAUUGGUGAAUUGAAUUGCACAGAGAUUCUAUUAAGAAUAUUACAGGAAUAUGACAUCCUUUCCAAAACUCUGGCAGCUGAUCUUCUGAGAAUAUUGUGUGCUGACAGCAGUAUCGGAGAGCAGGUUAAGGUCUUUGAUGGAAUCCCAAUUUGUCUGAGCUUGCUACAUUGUGAAAAUCUCAAGCUUCUGUGGAACGUGGUAUGGAUUAUUGUACAACUGGCUGAAGAUAGUGACUCUAGCAAUGACAUCAGAGUUCUUGGUGGAAUUCCUUUACUUCUGGCACUCCUUCAAGAUCGGAAGCCAGAGUCAAGUGCUGAAGUAUUAUAUCUGGGCUCUGAUACAAGUUCAAAAGCAUCAAUCAGUGCAGAGCAGACUGAGGCUGAUUCUGGAGAAGAUACCAUGCCUUUGAAAAUUGCUGUGUGCUCUGCCCUGACUGAGCUUGUUGUCAAUGACACUAAUGGACAGCAAAUUGUGCAGUCAAACGGUAUUUACUUGCUGGGAUUACUUAUUCUGCCCCAAGAAACGUCUUCUUCUGAGGAAGCCGCAACUGUAGAACAUCUUCAGAAAAGCGCAUUCAGGGCUUUGAGAUUCUUGUUUAGUAUGGAGCGAAAUCGUCAACUCUUCAAGAGAUUGUUUCCCCCAGACCUCUUCGAGAAAUUUAUUGAUGUCGGUCAUUACGUCAGGGAAUUAAAUGCCUACAAGUGCCUGGUUGACAAAAUUUCCACUUUGACGGAGGAGGACAUUUCAGUGAUUAAAACCAAUGUUCAAGCCACCAAUCAGAACAAGGCUCCUAGUCAUUCCAUUGGUUCAUACGAGGUACUUGAACUUCUGGGAUCUGGUGCAUUUGGAAGUGUCUUUAAAGUUAGAAAGAAGAAUGCUGGUCAGAGCUUUCUCGCCAUGAAAGAGAUGUCAGUUCAUAAUCCUGCUCUUGGAAAGACGGCUAAAGACAGAGGAAAGAGUGUUGGUGAAAUUGUUAAUGAAACAGCUAUCAUGAAAGAACAGCUAAGACACCCAAAUGUUGUCAAGUACCACAAAGCUUUUCAAGAAAAGGACAAACUCUUCGUCAUAAUGGAAUUAGUCGAGGGCGCUCCUCUUGGCGAGCAUUUUAAUUCCUUGAAAGAAAAAGGGACCAAGUUUUCAGAGGAGAGAAUAUGGCAUAUCUUUAUACAGAUUGUUUUAGGACUUCGUUACAUUCACAAAGAAAAACACAUCGUCCACAGGGAUCUUACGCCAAACAACAUCAUGCUGGGGGAAAAUGAUAAAGUCACUAUAACUGAUUUCGGUUUAGCCAAGCAGAAGAAUCCUGAUGCAAGUAAAAUGACGUCGAUGGUUGGUACAAUAUUAUAUUCAUGUCCUGAGGUUGUUCAAAGCAAGCCUUACGGUGAAAAGGCGGACGUGUGGGCCUCAGGCUGUAUUUUGUAUCAAAUGGCAACUCUUCAACCUCCAUUUUACUCGUCAAACAUGUUAGCAUUAGCAAAAAAUAUUGUAGAAGCUAAGUACAAGCCCAUACCUCCAGGAGAGUACUCGGACAAGCUGUCCGAGACUGUGACCAGGUGUCUAACACCCAAUCCUGAUGAAAGACCAGAUAUAAUUCAGGUUGCUGCCAUUAUCAGCGAAAUAAUGCUGGUGUAUGUGGACAAGUUGCGGUCCAAUGAGAUCAGCCUGGAAAAGAAACUGGAACGAGAAAGAAAAAGAACCCAGAGGCAUUAUAUCGAGGCAAAUCGUAAUAUGCAGAACUACCAUCGCCUUUUCUGGGCCUCACAAGAACGCUAUGACAAGCUGGUGAACCUGUCAAGUAGUGGAGGAGCCGCUGGCUUCAGGAACGUUGACGUCCCUGAAGGUUCUGACACCGUCUUUGAGGCAGCGAGUGCCCUAGCAGAGUUCAACAAGAAUGGCGUUCAUAAAAACGGCGAAACAGAGUUUGCGAACCAAGUGGAUUCUGGAAUUGACAUUGGAGGAGAAGCUCAAGCCAACGUAGUCCUGGGUUCCAGUAUCAGAUCACCUGAACAAAAUGGUGGUACUAAACCUGAAAGUAGCUCGUCGCCAGGCUCAACGCGGCGGCAAAGGACUCUUAAGCCAGUUAUUACUGAUAAAUCUAGUUACAAAGGGAAUACUGAAAAAUCGUCCUCUUUAAACAAAGACAAAGAUAAGCCGUUAUCGGGCGGUAGGGUAGGAAUAGAAAAAUUGUCCAACAGUAGGACUAUCGUUGAGAAACCAGGCGCCAGUUCUUCCGCCACUAAUUCUCAUGUUUUUGCGGUACCGAAGCCCCCGGGACCACGGAAAGGCGCGAGGAGACAACUUCAUGUUGAUUUCGCGGCCGGCAGCAAGGCCUCCCCGUCAAAUGGUUCGAGUACUAUAACAACAACACCUGUUGGCGGAAAUUCAUCUGGGAUUCCUGCUCCUGGGAUAAGUGAACUUUCAUCGAGAAGGACACAUAGCAGCUCAUCUGUGGAAACGUAUAGAAGACAGAGUAGUGGACAGUUGAAGGCACGACCUCCUACUGCCGCAGCCACUCUCAGCAUUUCUCCUCGCAAAGUGCGUCAAAUAAACGAUCCCAUCUCCCAGAUUCUCAACCAACUCCACAAGAUCAUCUUCAUAACGCAGUUACCACCUACAUUAUCACCAAACCCACAGAGAAGAAUAGUCGAGCAGUUCAAGAGAGCUCUGUUUGCUCCUCAAAACAGCUCCUUCGUCAAUCUUAAAAGCGAGGUCAAGAAGGUGAUUGAAGGGUCUAGAGAAGUUAUUGACCUGAAGUUCGGGUUUGGAGAUCCAGCAUUCCUGCAUCACCAGCUAGAUACCGCUGACAAGUUAGUGAGUGGAGUUAACCUUGAAUCAGGCGACGCCCAAGAAAUUGGCAUAACAUACGAGAUGAUGCAGAAUAUAAUCGAAAACGUUCUCAUGGAGAGUGGCUAUUAUGACAUGUCUCCUUGUGCAAGAAACCGAACGGUUCCUCUGGGUCCUAUUGGCACGGUGCCGGCAUCUGGUGUCAACUUAGGCCCCUCCAAGAGGGGUGGAACUUCCUAGUGUCAUAGUGAUUGGAGUCUUUCAUAACAGCCACAAUGGCAGCAUGAUAUACACAGUCUUAACAUCUGUUUUUAAUGUGGAGUGUUAAUGCUCGAAAACACGGUGUGGUCUCAACAUUCAGAGAUGAAUUGAAGCUUUCAGUGACAGUGGUUCUAAGCCAUCUGGGAUGGGAAACGAGAUUCCUGUGGAUGUAAAUGUUUGUAAAAACGAACUUAAUUUAUUUUUUUAGCGAAAGUUUAUUUAAAUGCAGUCGAUGAAAAGGAAAAAGGGAGAGUUUAUCUAGACCGCGCAUGUAAGUAAGUGUUUUCAUUGAUGUGUACCAAGAAUUUAGAGAAGACGAACUUUUUGUAUAAUUAAAUAAUCGACCGCGAAUAAGCAGAGGCGUAAUGUAGUUUUAAUUAGGGAUCCUAAUUGGUGGAAAAUUUUACAUCACUGUCUCGACCAGUCAGAUGAAAGGUUUAGGCUCAUCGUGUCUGGUUUUCAGUGCAAUGAAUCAGCAUCGAGAGGUGCUCGCGCAACUUGGUUAUCUUUAUCACCUACCUUGUGAAAGGAUUCCUGUCAAAUUUAAUCGGCUGAGCGCGUUGCCGAGGAUCAACAUUAAUUUUGUUUGUUUGGUACGCAGUAAUAUCUUAGAACCAAAACAGUUCCCGAUACUUCAUGGUCGUGGAAUUCAAAUCCACGACCAUAGGAAAGAGUUGCUCGAAGCUUCACAAUGACACAUGUUUGUUGUAAAUGACGUAUGUAAACGCUUCUCGUCAACUUCAGAAGUGGAUUUAGCUUGAGCCAGCGUAGUUAAUACCCUGGGGCACUGGAGGACCCUGGAGAAAUGUAGUGCUGAGGGGUAGGGGAUAGAGAACUGACUUUUUUCUCAACUUCCAGUGGCUUGCCGAGAGCUGAAUUGUUUCUCAACUUCCAAUAGCCUGCUGUGCAGGUAUAUUUGGUGAAUAAUUUUAGGUUAGUGCUGUUAAUUACACUUCUCACCACCCUGUUAAAUCUCUUUAGAAAAGAAUUAGCAGGGAAGAGAAGUUUUCUAUCGCUUUCUUUUUCCAUGAGAGUGAAGUAUGCACACCAUGUUAAGAAUUACUAUUGAGUGAAAAAUUGCUAAUCAAAAUGCAGAGUUUGUGAACUUAGAUUCUAUAAGUCAAAAUUUUAAGAUAUUUAUGCAUGGAGUGAAUUAGAAUUGAAUUUCUAUUUUUUAUUUUAAAGACGAAA